AUGCCUAUUGGUAACCCAAUCAACACAAAUGAUAUUAAGUCUAACCGCAUGCACCAAGAGCCUACUAUGAGCUCUAUGAGCAAUAACGAAAGCACGAUUGGCCAACCAACGCAGCAACAGCAACAGCAACAGCAAUACCUUAGCCAAAACGUUCAGCCUUUGGUUCCCGUAUCCUACCAAUAUGUGGUUCCUGAACAGUGGCCUUACCCACAAUAUUAUCAGCAAGCACAAUCACAGUCUCAGCAGCAACCGCAAUCUCAACCUCAAAUGUACCAAGUUCAAGAAUCUUUCCAGGGUAGUGGUUCUGACACAAACGUUUCUGUUCCGCCGUCUACGUCGGUAGGUGUUCCUUCCGCUGCUGGUGCCACUGCUUUGCCAAAUAAUUCUGCAGUUGGCAACAAUGGAAACAACAGUAGUACUAGUGGUAACAAUGUACCAUACUACUACUAUUUCCCACAAAUUCCAGCUCAACAAGCAAUGGCAUAUUCAUACCCUCAGGCGUAUUAUUAUUAUUCUGCAAACGGUGAUAGUACUAGCAAUAUUAACGGCAUAGCAUCAUCUGUAACUAAUAUUCAGGCCCAAAAUUCUAAUUUAGCAAAAAAUUACUCAACGUAUGAACAACAACAGCAGCAAUUACAACCUCAAUCUUACUCAGUUCAACCGCCGAAGAUUGGCAAUAUAUCUUCAAAGCUCUGCAAAUCCGGACCACCUUCUGAUUCAUCCACUGGUUCAAUGUCUCCCAACUCUCAUCGUACUAGUCGCAAUAGUAACAGUGUCGCUUGCAUAGCUCAGCAGCCUCCCAUGUCGAAUUAUCCACAACCUUCCACUUAUCAAUAUCCCGGCUUCCACAAGACCUCCUCAAUUCCAAAUUCACAUUCUCCAAUUCCUCCCAGAUCUUUAAAAACUCCAACUCAAGUUCCACCUGGUCAAAAUGUUCCCUUAAGCUACAAUCUUCCUCAAAUGGGAAUGUUGCCACCACAGCAACAGCAACAGCAACAGCAACAAGGGAGCCCGUUGUAUGAUGGAAAUUCUACAACACCACCAGUUAAACCCCCUACAGACCAAGAAAUUUAUCUAACCACUAAUAGACAGAUGAAGCCUGAUCAACAAUAUGAUUCAAUGGCGAAAGCUAUGAAUUCUUUCCACACAACCACCAUAAGGCACCCCAUGCCAUUAAUAGCCACUAACAAUACAGCAGGUAACAAUAGUAACGGUACAUCCGCAAGCAUAAUAAGACCAAGAGUAACAACAACUAUGUGGGAGGACGAAAAGACGCUUUGUUAUCAGGUCGAAGCUAAUGGUAUAUCAGUGGUUAGAAGAGCCGAUAACGACAUGGUUAACGGUACUAAACUUUUGAACGUAACUAAGAUGACAAGAGGUAGAAGAGAUGGUAUUUUAAAAGCAGAGAAAAUUAGGCAUGUUGUGAAAAUUGGCUCUAUGCAUUUAAAGGGUGUCUGGAUACCAUUUGAGCGUGCUCUAGCAAUAGCACAAAGAGAAAAGAUUGCUGAAUAUCUCUAUCCUUUGUUCAUUAAGGAUAUCCAGAGCGUAUUAAAACAGAAUAAUCCAGGUAAUGAAAGCAUUAGUAGUAGCAGUAGUACUGGUAUCAAAUCCAUCAGCCCGCGUACCUAUUAUCAACCUAUUGACAACUAUCAAAAUGUUAAUGCUCCUGUAAACAUAUCGGCUGCGCAAUUAACUUAUUCUUCAAUGAAUUCGAGCAAUAAAGUUGUACCUAAUAGUUCUAUCCCACCCGUAAGUGCAAUUUCUGCCAGUCAGAGACCGUUGAACAAAUACUCAAUUCCCAAUUCAAAUCAACUUGAUGGAAAUGCUGUAAAUAAUUUACAAAACCUUUCAACUACUAUGCCAACGAAACAACAACCAGUCAAUAACAUAGUCUCACCGUUGUCUUACCCACGCGAUACCACAACAGGUUCAGUAAGUAGAUUAGGUAAUAUGCCUUGUGAUUCGAAGGCCUUGUCACCUGCUCCAAGCUCAACAAACGCAUAUCAAGCAUCUGAAGCAAAUGUUGGGAGUAUUCACACAGGAAUCACUCUUCCAAGCGUAGGAUCCGAAUCCACAUUGCGUUCCGAAUGGUCCAAGGAAUCUGGCAUUAGUGAGAAUGCACCUGAUGACCAAACAUUGAAUGAGCCACGAUCUAGUCAAUUACCGAUUUCUGCAUUGACUUCAACUGAUGUUGACACAACAAGAACAAGUUCAAGCGAAGAUGUGGCACAAUCAACCGAAUCUACUGAAGCCGAGUCUGUUAAGCUGCCAAAGCCCUCUAAACCGCAAGUCGAUGGAGUUGAGAGUAUUCCUACCAAAGAACCUACCGCUGAUGACACAAAAAAACAAGAGAAAUAG